UCCCAAGUCCCCACCGCGCACACGCGGCCUCCCAGUCCCAGGCUCCCAGCCGCCGCCGUGAACCGAAACGAACGCCAUGAAUCGGAGCGGGAAGAGGAAAAGGAGGAAGGAGCGCGGCGACGAAGCGGCCGACGACGACGCCUCUCCCUCCUCCGCCUCUUUCGACCGCCACGUCUUCCCCGUCCUUCUCGCCGCCGCCCAAACCACCAGCCAAAACCGCAACUCCUGCUCUCCUGCCGCACUCGCAGCCCGCCUCCUGCGUCGUGUGCUCUCCCGCCCGCGACAGAUGCUCUCCCCUCUCCCGGACUCCCUGGUCGCGCUCCUCCCCCGCCUCCUCUCCACCAGCUGCUCGUCUGUAGCGGCGCUGAGCUGCGAGGUGCUGGGCGCCGCGGCGUUGCGGUCCAUGGAGGCCGGCGAGGUGCUGGCGUCCGACAGUUGCAUCGCCAGCGGCUUGGCGAGGGCGCUGGGGAGUAGAAGCCAGCGAGUGACUGAGGCUGCCUGUAAUUCUAUAAUGGAUCUAUCGGCGUCUUCAGUUGGUAGGGAGCGUCUUGCAGGCUCGCCUGUUCUGCCGAGGAUAUUGUAUGUAUUUUCUCAGGUGGAAUCUAUCCGUGAAUUUGUCGAUAGCAGGACCACCAAAUACCCAAAAAGAGAUACAGAAGCAAAUAAAAUCUUUUACUUGAUCACUGACACAGUGGUGCUUCUGGUAAAUUCCUGCAAACUUGAUAAAUUGCAGAGCAUUCAGAAAGAGCUAGUAAGGACCGCUCUGUCUUUGUUACAUAAAGUAUGGAAGAAAGUCCAACUCUUGAGAUCAUCAGCUGAUUGCAACAACGGGAAGAAUCAACUUCAAAGUAGAGAAUAUGAGAUUUGUAAAGCUAUUUUUAGGCUUUCAAUUGAUCUUGCUUCUCCAACCUGCCUAGAGCCUGAUGUGGUCAGGGAAAGUAUUUUUGGCCAAACAGAGUCCAGCUUUGAAAACUUUGUCCUGGCCUACUGGGAAAGGUCACCAAAUUUGUACAGGAGGAAACAAAACACUCGAAAUGAUGAUCCUGUCUUUGCUGCCCUGCAUAGUGCCUUUAAUCUUGGUGCAGCACCUGAUGCUAUCAUCGAAUCAUUCAUGGAGGGGCUUGUUUCUUGUCCUGCUAUUGCUUCUGAUGAACUCGACAUAAAUUCAUUUCUCCAAGAGGUUCAUGAUUCCUUGGGUGAUGCCAUAAUGUACAGGCAAGACAUUAGAGUCUUGAGAACACAAGACCUGAGUGACCAAACCUCAAGGGGAUGUGUGAUGGAGGAGCACUUUUUCGAUGAUGGAACAGUCUUCCUGGAUGAAGAUACAUUCACCAAAAAAUGCAAGCACUCAUUCAAGAAUGGUUAUUCAAUUGCGUUGCGUGGCAUGGAGUUCCGGUUUGCAAAGGUUGCUGCUAUAGCUUCUGCCCUGGCUGAUCUAUUUGGCCAACCUUCUGUAGGAGCCAACAUAUACUUCUCACCUGCAAGGUCUCAAGGCCUAGCCCGCCAUUAUGAUGAUCACUGUGUACUUGUUUGGCAGCUACUUGGUUGCAAGAAAUGGAUGAUUUGGCCUAACCCAAAGCCACUUUUGCCUAGAUUAUAUGAACCUUUUGACCCUUUAGAUGGUACUUUAGAAGAUAACAGUGGAAGGGUGGAGGUUUUACAUGAAGGAGACAUGAUGUACAUUCCUAGAGGCUAUGUUCAUGAGGCUCACACUGAUGUUGGCGAACCUCAGAUUAAUGCACAUGGUGGUUAUUCACUCCAUUUGACCCUUGCUAUUGAGGUUGAACCACCCUUUGAGUGGGAAGGAUUUGCACAUAUUGCCCUUCAUUGUUGGGUGGAGAAGCAGAAGCUUGGAGGCUCUCAAUUUGACAAGUCCAGUGCAAAAAAGGAAACUUCACUAUUUGCUAUUGUGUUGCAUGUGGCCAUCAGGUUGCUCUCCAGCAAUGAUCCUAUUUUCAGGAAGGCAUGCAUGGUUGCAGCAAAGCUUCCAUCACCCAGUGCCUGUGCAACGGCUCACUUGAAGGCCCUUAGAAGUAGCCAGAGAUCAACUUUUGAUGAGAUAAUCAGGAACAUCGAGAAGAAUUGCAGCUUCAAGGAAGCACUGGAAAGCAUCAAGUUGGCUGUGCAAGAGAAAAACGAUGAACACUUCCAAUGGAUGAGCUGGCUUCGGCACUUGCCACAAGAAGGAGACGCAGACCUCAGAAUCGAUUUCUGUAAUAUCUUGGAGGCCCUUGAAGAGCUUGUUGAGGCGUUCAGCUCUGACCCUGAGCAAGCCUUGGUUGGCUUCACCGGCUUCAAGUCAAGGUUCUGCAGGUGCGUCGUGUACGAGUACGAGGACGCGUGCGGGAGCUUCGAAACGUUGCUUCAGAUGUACAGAACAACCAGGAAUCAGUACAUGAGGGGAAUGCUGGCGUUGCACGGGGCACACGUGAGCUGAGGAUGUAGCGGAGAAUCCCCUUGACAGAAAAGUUUCUAGUGGUGGUGACCUAGUCAUUUUUUUUCCUAGCGAGAAAAACCUACCUAACCAGACACUUGUACUGUUUUGUACCACACACAAUCAUUUCGUGAUGCUUAAGCUUCACUGCUGGCCAGAUUAGCUCAGCUUAUCGGCA